UGAAGGAGUCUUGAAUCUAGGUUAGAAACCGGUUCUUUCUCUAUUAGCAAGAAAUCUUGAAAUAAACUGAAUACAUACAUACAUGCAUACAUACAUGCAUGCAUGCAUACAUACAUACAUACAUGUAUGUUUUCAAGUCAGCCUACAAUUAUGGGAUAUGGAAAGCACCAAGCGACGUUCUUCAGUAAAGGAGAUAAAAACCCACCAUGAUCAACAACAGCAUGGCUGACGACGACCUCGAAGAAAUGUCUCAGCUGCGAGCUGCACGGAAACAAGAGAGGCCUCACCACAGCUUCGGACCCAAACCUUCAACAGAAAAAGGUUCCCACAAAAAUGAGAAGUCAAACAAACCUGAAAAGAAAGCUCGUAACUUUGAUUUCAUGGCCAUGUUUGAAGAAGCUCGGCAACUGGCAGCAGAACGAAACAAAAAUGAAGAUGAAUCGCAAACUGACCAACAGAGUAGUGGGCAGGAUGUAGAAUCUGUUGGGAGCAAGGGAUCGAUUCCUGCCCUAGUGUCCGGGCCCAUGUCCACCGUACCGUCAUUCAGACCUGUAUUCAGGAAGCCAGCGACAGAUGAUAAAGGCGGUGGUGGUGGUGGUGUUAGUGGUGGUGGUCAUUCUGUUGUCGGUAGCAACAAGACUGUCAGAAGCACAGCAUCACAGAAUCUUGCAGCAUCGUCUUGUGUUGAUGGAAACAUGAAACAUAGUGAGGAGUUAGGAACCACAGCGGGGUCGACGGCCACCUCCCCACCGCCCACGUCUGUGAAAAAGGGCAAUGACGGAGGUAAAGAUGAUGAUAAGGAAGAUGAUGUCGAUGACGACGAUGAAGAUGAGAAAGAAAAGGAGGAGACGUUGGAGCAAUCUAUUCCACAAUCCCUUGAAAUAACUCUGACACAUGGAAACAAAUCGGUGUCAGCGUUGGCCUUGGAUCCAUCUGGUGCUCGUCUUGUCACCGGGGGCUACGACUACGACAUAACGUUCUGGGAUUUUGCUGGUAUGGAUGCCUCCUUGAGGCACUUCCGUAGCCUCAGACCUUGUGAAUGCCACCAAAUCCGCAACUUACAAUACAGUACCACUGGGGACGUCCUGCUCGUUAUUGCUGCGAAUGCCCAGGCCAAGGUGAUUGACCGAGACGGCUUCGAGAAGCUGGAGUGUGUGAAGGGUGACCAAUACAUUGCAGACAUGGCCAAUACUAAGGUAAGCCUGACAUUUCCAUUUGGUGGUGGUGGCCACAUGGCACAAAUUACAUCACAACACUACCACCACCUCUCUAAUCCCACUGCAUUUCUUUCUCCUCAGGUGAGCACGUGCAUGCUGAACAGGAAUGCACACAUGAAGGGCAGCGACACAACAUCUUUGUGCUUUUCAUACGACGGGAGAGUUCUGGCUUCAAGAGGAGGUGAUGACACCCUGAAACUGUGGGACAUUCGAAACUUCAAAAAGGCUCUGGUUGCUGCUGAUGGCCUCCUCAAUUUGUUCCCAGUGACUGACUGUGUGUUCAGUCCCAGUGACAAGAUGGUGGUCACAGGAGUGUCUGUGGGCCGCAAUGGAGGCAAUGGGAAACUGAUGUUCAUGGAGCGUGACACUUUGAAGCCUGUCACUGAGAUUGAGGUCUCCAACAGUGUAAGUCCCCGUAUUAUUGUUGUUGUUGUUGUUUUGACCUUCCUCUUUCUCUCUUUCUCCAGUGGCGCCCUCUUGUGUGUGGUGAAGAAAGAACGUAAAGUAAAGCAGAUUGAGAUGAUUACAGACCAACAUAUCAUCACACCCUAUGCUCUCCCCAUGUUCCGUGAGGGUCGACCGAUGAGUACGAGGAAGCAAGAAGAGAAAGUACGUAAGGACCCUGUUAAAACGCGAAGACCAGAUCUCCCAGUUUCGGGACCAGGUGAAGGUGGCCGUGUCGGGGCCCAUGGAGCCACUCUGUCCCAGUAUGUUGUGCAGCAGCUUGUCCUACAGAAACCGGACCCUAGCGAUUUGAACCCUCGAGAAGCUAUCUUACGACAUGCCAAGGAAGCCGAAGAAAACCCUUACUGGGUAUCACCAGCUUACAGAAGCACACAGCCAAAGCCAAUAUUCCAGCCAGACUCUGUCGCUAGUGAUGAUGAUGAUGAUAACGAUGCGGAUGACAGACAUGUUGCUGUCGACAACAAGACCAGUGACGACAACCAAGAACCUUUCAGAAAGAAGCAGAAGUUGUCCAAAUGAAGGUCAGGAGGAAGAUUCCAAUGAAGAUAAUAGGGGUGAUGAUGGUGAUGAAGCAGAUGAGGGUGGUGAUGGUGAUGAUGAUGAUGAUGAGGAUGAUGAUGGUGAUGAUGAUGAUGAUGAUGGUGAUAAUGAUGAUGAUGGUGAUGACAAUGAUGAUGGUGAUGAGGAUAGUGAAGCAGAAGAUGAUGGUGAUGGUGGUGAUGAUGAUGUAAUAAAGGAAUUUUUUUUUGUAUGAAAUA